AUAUCUUUUAAAUGAUAGUGCACAUUACACAACAUAAAUUUAUAUCUAGAGAGAAAUAAAGCUAAAAGAAGCAAGAAUGGACGUGGGGAAGAUAGUGCACAUGAAUGGAGGCGAUGGGAAAACAAGUUAUGCAAACAACUCAUUUUUCCAGGGAAAGGGAAUUUCUUUAACAAAACAUAUAAGAGAGGAAGCCAUAACUAGCCUCUACUCCAGCACACUUCCCAGAAGCCUUGCAAUUGCAGAUCUGGGUUGUUCUUGUGGACAAAACACUUUGUCUGUGGUGUCAGAAAUCAUCAUGGUUGUGGAGAAGCUUUGCCAACAAUUGAAAUAUGCAUCUCCCGAAUACAAGAUCUUUUUUAACGAUCUUUCAGGGAAUGACUUCAACAACAUUUUUAAGUCACUUGAUAGCUUUAAACAUAAACUACUUGAUGAAAUCAAAACUGAAAUGAGCCCUUGCUACUUCUUUGGUGUUCCUGGUUCUUUCUAUGAUAGAGUUUUUCCUGAUCGAAGUCUGCAUUUCGUCCACUGCUCUUACAGUCUUCACUGGCUAUCAAAGGUUCCCGAAGGUAUAGAUAACAAUAAGGGUAACAUUUACAUCAGCGACACAAGUCCCUCAAAUGUCGUCAAGGCUUACUACGAGCAAUUUCAAAGAGACUUGUCGAUUUUUCUCAAGUGUCGCGCAAAGGAAUUGGUUGAAGGGGGUCGCAUUGUUCUAACGAUGGUUGGAAGAAGAAAUGAAGAUCCAUGUGACGUGGAAUAUUGUUGCGACGAUUGGGAUUUUUUGGCUACUGCUCUUAAUGAUAUGGUGUUGCAGGGGAUUAUAAGGGAAGAUCAAGUGAAUACUUUUAACAUCCCGCACUAUUAUCCGUCUCCGAAUGAAGUGGAAUUGGAAGUUGUCAAUGAAGGAUCGUUUGUCAUCAAUCACAUUGAGUUGUUUGAAACAGAAUCAAAUACUUCUAAUGAUGAAAGUGAUUAUGAUAAUGAAUAUGAUGUUGCAGGGUGCAUUAGAGCUGUGGUUGAACCUUUGCUAGUUAGUCACUUUGGUGAAGCUAUCAUUGAAGAAGUUUUUAGCCGUUAUAAGGAAUUAUUGAUUGAUCAAAUAUCCAAGGAGAGAAUGAAUUCCGUUAAUGUUACCAUAUCAUUGACUAGAAAAUCAUAAUAAGCAAGAAGUUUGCAUUA